GAGCACAGUGUUCGUGCUGCCCACAGUAUUGCCAGGCAUCCCUGGAAGAGGAGGUGUAUUAAACUGGGAGAAGUAAGCAGGGGGAGAGAAAAAAUAGGCUCUGUGGUGUGCCUGAGUGUUUGCCUUGUGUUUUCUCAGCAAGCAGAUUGGGGACCCUUUCCAGAUGAUCAAGCUCAUCUGAAAGGCAUUAAAGUCGAGAAGAACGAUCCUCUGUGGUUCAGCUGCGUUGACGCUUCACUGAGGGUUCCUAUUUGCUGUCAGAGGUACACCCGUACAUGUAGCAGCAGCUCCCCAAGAGACUGUUUUCAUCUCCUUAAGCCAAAAUAUUUUCCAGCUCCAGAGGGCAAGAUUGGAGGGAGAGCGAGAACUUGAAGAAGCUUCAAUAAUUUGGAUCUAAAGGUUUUCAAAGGAGAAACUCCCACCUUACAGCUGAACAUCAGUCCUAUCGUUUCUGUUGGUGUGUGCAGAGGAGGGCUCAAGGACAACUCUCCGUCCUCUUUGUUGAUCAAUCAAAAUGUCCCGCUGGGGAAGAAAAAAUGUGAAGAAGGCGCCUGAGGUGAUCCGCACUGUGACCGAGGGGCUGAAGUCUCUGUACCGCGAGAAGCUGCUGCCUCUGGAGCAGUACUACGGAUUCCACGACUUCCACUCUCCCAGUCUGGAGGAUGCAGAUUUUGACAAUAAGCCUAUGGUGCUAGUUGUUGGACAGUACUCCACUGGAAAAACAACAUUCAUCAAGUAUCUGCUGGAACAGGAUAUUCCUGGAAGCAGGAUAGGUCCCGAACCCACCACUGACUGCUUCACUGCCAUCAUGCAUGGGGACGUGGAGUCAGUCAUCCCAGGGAAUGCCCUUAUUGUAGACCCCAACAAGCCUUUCCGCAAACUCAAUCCGUUUGGAAACACCUUUCUCAACAGAUUCCAAUGUGCCCAAAUGCCUAACCAAGUCCUGGAGAGUAUCAGCAUUAUUGACACACCAGGGAUCCUGUCUGGUGCCAAACAGAGAGUGAGCCGAGGUGAGGGAAGUGGCAAAGGGUAUGACUUCCCAGCUGUGCUGCGCUGGUUUGCAGAACGCGUGGACCGCAUCAUCCUGCUGUUUGAUGCUCAUAAACUGGAGAUAUCAGAUGAGUUCUCCGAGGCCAUCGGUGCCCUGAAAGGCAACGAAGACAAGCUGCGUGUGGUGCUAAACAAAGCAGACAUGGUGGGCACCCAGCAGCUGAUGCGAGUGUACGGUGCGCUGAUGUGGUCCCUGGGGAAGGUGUUUGGCACUCCAGAGGUUCUACGUGUCUAUAUUGGCUCCUUCUGGGCGGAGCCGUUGAUGGUUACAGACAACCGCAAGCUGUUUGAGCUGGAAGAGGAGGAUCUCUUCGCUGACAUUCAAAACCUUCCUCGUAACGCAGCCUUACGCAAGCUCAAUGACCUGGUCAAGAGAGCGCGCCUGGUUAGGGUCCAUGCCCACAUCAUCAGCUAUCUGAAGCAGGAGAUGCGUUCUGUCUUCAGGAAGGAUAAUAAAAAGAAGAAUCUGAUCUAUCAGCUUCCAGUUAUUUUCUCCAAGAUCCAGCUUCAGCACAACAUUUCUGCUGGAGACUUUCCAGACUGCACUAAGAUGCAGGAACAACUGAUGGUUCAUGAUUUUACCAAGUUCAAAUCCUUGAAGCCGAACCUGAUGGCAGCCUUGGAUGAGUUACUUUCCAGUGACAUUGCCAAACUGAUGCCCCUGCUGCGGCAGGAGGAGCUAGAAGCAGGUGAUCAACCAGGUGUGCAGGGUGGUGCCUUCUUGGGGACCCGAGCUGGACCUUUCUCAGAAGGCGACCCCUUUGCUGAGGAGAAUGGGGAGCGUUGUGAGGAGGAGGAGGAUUGGGUGGUGACCAAAGACAAGCCCAAAUAUGAUGAAAUCUUCUAUAAUCUUGCUCCCAAUGAGGGCAAACUGAGCGGCACCAAGGCAAAGGAUUGGAUGGUGAGCUCCCGUCUGCCCAACUCUGUGCUGGGUCGCAUCUGGAAGCUCUCAGAUGUCGAUCGUGAUGGCAUGCUGGAUGAUGAAGAAUUUGCCCUGGCCAGCCACCUAAUUGAGGUCAAGCUGGAGGGUCACGGUCUUCCCCCUGAGCUUCCCAGCCGUCUGAUCCCGCCCUCCAAACGCAGGCAGAAAGGCUCUGAUGCAUAGACAUGUCAUUAAGUCCCAGAAGCUGAGAGGCAUUCUUCUCUGCUGGCUGUCACACUUAUGCUACUGUUGCAUUUGCUCUCAUUUUCCUGCAGUCCCAAAUCUAAAUGUUGUAUGUUAUGCAUGCAACUUUUCCCCUGAGACUGAUUCUAGUCUUGCACAAUGGAACAUGCUGUAUUUAAGUAAAAGUCAUAACUUUGAGACAUAACAAGAGCUUAGAGCAAAGGAUUGUGUAUAAGAGGUCAAAGGGUCUGUUUGCUUCUUCAAAGUUAGCUUUUCUGAUGCUGAAUAUAUGUUUGAGCAGAAGUAAAUAAAAGGCUGAGCGUUCUGAGUAUGUACUUCUAAAGAAUCCAGAGCAAAUCUUUAAAAAAACUUUACAUGUAUCAUUCCUUCAGCGACUGAUCUUAGAGAUGAUUUGUAGAAAUGUGCCUUUCUGUCAUAAGUGAUCAGUCCAGUGAAGGUAUCAUUUAGAGAUGUAUUUUCUAAAGCUUAUUUUCUGAUUAUGUUUUCAGCAUUUUCUGCUCCAAGUAACCGUACAAUCAUUAAUAACCUGAAUGCGUUUCACGCUUUACAUGUCACAUUUUUGUGCUGAAUUUAUACAUUAUUUUUAUAACUGUCACUGUUGUUUUGUAUGUGCAGGAUCAAGACCUCAGUUGCAUAAAAGAACAUUACAUGCUAAGAUCAACUAGACUGACUGAAUGCCAUAUUACUGACUACUGUACACAGCUCCACCUGUUCUUAUGUUAACUCUCAUUGUAACCGAAUAAAACUCCCUGACUGUG